AUGUUCGACCUCCUUACAACAGCAGGAAAAGUGCAACCGAAGGCUCUCGACCCAGCUUCUUAUGAAUUCCCUAAUGGUGCUUCCAUGCGCCCCAACUCGAGGACACAGCAGAAGCUCGUUCGCACUGUCAAACCCUGGGAUGGUUCCACCAUUUACAUAUAUGCUAUUAUGGCUGGGACCCUUCUCCCUGAGGAUCUCAUUCUUGUGCACGAAUUUCGCGACCAUUACUCGCUACAAGCCCGAAAAGAGAUGACAGUAGAAGAACUGAAUGCGAAAAUCGAAGCUUUUCUGAUCACGAAGGGGGAGCGAUUCACCAAGGACCAAUGGUUGCAGCGAUACCCUCAGGCUACCGAGUAA